UUCCGAACAAUUUAUAUGGAGAUGCAAAGGCCAUGUUGCUUUGGGCCAAACACUUUGUGGGUUGCUGCUUUCUGGUUUCACUCCCCUCGCUCUCUCUCUCUCUCUCUCAUAAAACGACAAAGUCCUCGAAUUCAUCAUUGGAAUCGCCAGUUUCUCCUCCUCUCAACGAUGAAGUUGGAGAGCGUGCUUCAGUUUCUUGAAAACAAGACCAUCUUGGUCACCGGUGCUGCUGGGUUUCUUGCCAAAAUAUUUGCGGAGAAGGUCCUGAGGGUUCAGCCAAAUGUGAAGAAACUCUAUCUUCUCCUAAGAGCUGCGGACGCAAAGUCAGCCACACAGCGUCUGCACACUGAGGUGUUUGGGAAGGACUUGUUCAGAGUGGUCAAGGAAAAACAUGGUCCGAACUUCGGUUCACUCGUGUCGGAGAAGGUGACUGUUGUUCCUGGGGACAUCACCUGUGAGGGUUUGGGAGUGAUGGACUCGGAUUUGAGAGAGCAGAUGCGGGCUCAGAUUGAUGUGAUCGUCAAUUUAGCCGCGACCACCAACUUUGAUGAAAGAUAUGACAUUGCGCUGGGUGUCAAUACAUAUGGAGCAAAAUAUGUGACAGACUUUGCCAAGAAAUGCCCCCAACUGAUGGUCCUUCUCCAUGUCUCAACAUCUUACGUAUCCGGGGAAAGGGGGGGGCUCAUAAAGGAGAGUCCAUACCGGAUGGGAGAGACGCUAAAUGGGGUUUCCGGGCUGGACAUUGAUGCGGAGAGGAGAAUUGUGGAGGAAAAGUUGGAUGAAUUGAGAAGAGAGGGAGCCUCUGAGAAGGAAACCAGAGUGGCUAUGAAGGAGUUGGGCAUCCAAAGGGCGAAGAUAUAUGGAUGGCCAAACACAUACGUAUUCACAAAGGCAAUGGGAGAGAUGCUGGUGGGGGAAUUGAAGGAGGAUUUGUCCGCCGUCAUCGUCCGCCCAACAAUCGUCACCAGCACUUACAAAGAGCCCUUCCCCGGUUGGGCCGAAGGAGUCAGAACCGUGGACAGCCUCGCCGUGGGCUACGCCACCGGAAAAUUGACGUGCUUUCUCGGCGACAUCAACGGGGUCGUGGACACGAUACCGGCGGACAUGGUGGUGAACUCGAUGAUGGUGGCGAUGGUGGCGCAUGCGAAUCGACCGUCCGCCGACGCGAUUUACCAGGUGGGAUCGUCUGCCAGGAAUCCGAUACGGUACUCGAGCCUCCAGGACUACGGGCUACGUUACUUCACCCAGAACCCGUGGAGGAACAAGGAUGGGAAGCCCAUCAAGGUCGGCAAAGUCACCGUGCUAAAGAGCAUGGCUAGCUUCCACCGGUACAUGGCCAUUCGUUACCUCAUGUGGUUAAAGGGAUUGGAAUUGGUAAAUAUGGCAUUCUGCCAUACUUUGAACGACAUGUGCAAUGAUCUCAACAGGAAGAUCAAGUUCGUGAUGCGACUCGUAGAACUUUACAGACCUUAUUUAUUUUUCAAGGGCAUCUUCGACGAUACGAACACGGAGAAGUUGCGAGCAGCGGCGAGAGAGAGUGGAAGCGUAGAGACCGACCUGUUUUAUUUUGACCCCAAUUCUAUAGACUGGGAAGACUACAUCAUGAAUACUCACAUGCCUGGAAUUGUUAAAUACGUCUUCAAAUGAUUCUUCCCGAAACGACGUCGUUCAACAUGUUAUCCCCGAUUCAACUCGUGCUCGAGUUUUGA